UUUUUGUGUAUGACGUUGUUACCGAUCAGUCAAUCGCGAACUAUUUUAAAGAUUUUAGUCGAUUGCGGUCGAAAACGGGUUGGCCACCCAUGGCAUACAUGAACGGAUGUGGGAGGAGGAAAGAUGGGUGCUACUCCGUUAUCACUACUUCUUCUGGAGCCAUGAUCUCGGCAAAAAGAGACAAGAUAGAGCAAUAAAUCACAAAUGUUUUUGAACAGCUGUAAUCCCGCUAACUUGAACUGAUGCAAGUUGAAGAACCGAGAGGCGAGACGCGCGGGUCAGGUGGCGUCAUCUCACUCGGCCGCACGCUCGUGUGCGAUCAUAGCUAAAUGUUCGGCACAGAAUUAAGCUGUUGAAUCGUUUCGCCGAAAUAGCUGAGUUUUUUGUUCAGUACAUCGCUUAACGACUUUACCGACAAUAAAUGUUUGAUUAUGCCAGAACUAAUAAUCCAUUGACAAACGAUUGUCAGUACGCAAUUGGGCAUCUCUUAGAACAAAGCAGCGUUUUAUAUUUUGGUACUUUACUAUUACAAUGGGUGGUGGCCUUUCCUUAAUGAUAUUUAUUUCAAAUAAUUAUGUAAUUAUCCAGAGCAAUAGUCUUGCAAUCGGGUGCGGCUACCAGAACGGUUAGCUGUUUUCAAUUUACAGCAAAUUAGAAAGUUUUGGCAUAUAAUACGUUGUAUUAAUACGUAUCGGCUAUAUAAAAGAGCAUAUUAGGCAGUUUUAUAGUGACAUGACAAUGCUACAUCAUUCACAGGCGAGAAAAACAAACCGUCUGUCAUCUCGUGCUUUCAGAUGGAUAUAAAGACGAGGAAGAACGCAUCCAUAUCCUAUCGUUUAAACUUUGAAGAGAAUAGAUUUUUUAAAUCAAUAAAAUCAGUCAAAAAUGCAUAUCGAGUUAGUAAAAGUAUGACUAUCCUAGUGAAUGUAACCGCUCAAAAGCUGUAGCUCAAUUAGAUUUGUUUAGGUCACCGGGGAAAGUUUUUAUUUGAAUAUAGGUCUUGUGUUAUUAUUUGAUGAAAUAAAUUGAGUUUUUGAUUGAGUUGUGUUGGUAAAGGACUUGCCUUUUUUAUUGCAUAUGACAUUAGGUAACAACAAAACACGUCGGUACAUUACCCAGGCCAUUUCACAAAGUGUUGAUUACGAGCUGUUUGAUUGCUGUUCAAUGUGACGUUUGUUCGUGCUAUGUUUGAUUCAUUAUUGAUUUGAGUUACAUCGAUUUAAAACUUUGUUUGUGUGAAAAUGUUUAUAUACAUAAUACUCAACGUAAAUUAUUAGAGCACGUAUUAGUCAUAAAGGAUGGAGUCAGCAAAUUCAUAUUUCCUUCCUGUUGACUUUGUGAUAUUUGGAGGGAUAUUAUUUGCCUCUGCUUCGAUUGGCGUGUACUUUGCUUACAAGGACAGGAAAGAUCAAACCACGGAAAACUACUAUUUUGGAAGCAGAAACGUGUCCCCGAUUAUUGUUGCAAUGUCAUUAUCAGUGUCAUACAUAUCAGCGCUUACUGUCAUUGGCAAUCCAGUCGAAGUAUAUCUCUAUGGUACGGUAUAUGCAUGGACCGUGGUUGCAAACCUCAUAGGAUUUAUUGCUGCUUCAAUAUAUUACAUUCCAUUGUAUCAUCGGCUUCGUAUAAAAAGCGUAUACGAGUAUUUGGAUCGACGUUUUCAUCCUAGAAUACGAUCAUUUGCUUCAUCAAUGGCGAUGAUUAAAUUGACAUUUUACCUGGGAAUAACUGUAUAUCUUCCUUCUCUUGCGUUGAGCGCAGUGACACCUCUCGAGCUAAACUGGACAAUUGCAUUGACAAGUAUCCUCUGCACAUUUUACACCAGCAUCGGAGGAAUGAAGGCAGUGAUAUGGACGGAUGUUCUGCAAGGUGUUAUCAUGAUUGCAGGAAUGCUUGCAAUUUUCAUACAGGCAAUAAUAAUGUAUGGAGGCUUCGGACCAAUAAUGGAUGCCGCAGACCGUGGAGAUAGAAACAAUUUGCUCAAAUUAGACAUUGAUCCCAGAGUUCGAAGUACCGUGUGGACGAUUGGAGGUGCAUUGGCACUCAAUACUUGUUAUUUAAGUUGUUGUAGUCAAGUCACAACUCAGAGAUAUUUGUCAUGUAAUUCAGUUCGAUCAUCUAGAAUAGCUGCACUGUUACAAUGGAUUCCUGGCACAAUCAUGGUCCUUCUCUCCAUUGCAAAUGGUUUAAUCAUGUAUGCUUAUUAUGAAGGAUGCGAUCCACUUUUAUCUGGUGCGAUUGAGAAAAAUGACCAGGCAAUGCCUAGGUUAGCCCUUGAAAUAUUUCAAGAUUUGCCUGGCAUGGCCGGAAUGUUUACGUCGGCUGCAUUUAGUGGAACGCUGAGCACAAUAUCAUCGGGAGUCAACUCUCUAUCAGCAUUGGCGCUUGAAGAUUUUGUCAUUCCAUGUUUUCCAGCGAUGUCGACAACAAGAAAAAUGAUUUUCUCCAAAGUAUUAACUGUAGUAUUUGGAGGAGUGGUAAUGGGAAUAGCCUACACCGUUUCGCUUUUAUCUUCAAACAUUAUCCAAAUUAACAUGAUAACCGGGGCUGUCGGAACACCAAUUCUAAGCGUUUUCACCAUGGGCAUGUUCAUGCCUUGGAUUAACAGUUGGGGAGCGUUGUCAGGAAUGAUAAGUGGCAUUGUCUGUGGAAGUUGGGUCGCUCUGGCCUCGAUCAAUCAAGCAACCUACCCAGCUACAACUGAGUCCCUACCCGUGUCCACUAGUAAUUGUACUUUGACGAAUUUUCUACACAAUGCCUCAACUACGUCAUUUACUGGAGUAUCCGAAGAUACCACUACACUCGAAUUAAUGAUGUCUACUAUAUCUGACGAAUAUGGAUCUGUUUUACAAUAUACCUUGUAUUCUAUGUCGCCGUUUGUAUACGGAACAUUUGCAUUCUUCGUUUCUAUUAUCGUCGGGCAUAUCGUCUCACUGUUUACAGGAUUUAACAAAAUAUCAGAAGCUGAUCCGGAUCUAUUUGUUCCUGUUAUAAAUUGCAAAAUAUUACGUUUCGGCAUUCCAGAAAAAUCGCCAACAGAAAAAGAAAUAACAGAGAACAGCAAAGGAAAUGUUUUCAUAAAUUCAUGCUGUACCGGAGAUGAUUGUAUUCAAGAUUCACCGGAAUCCCCGUACAAUGAAGAGGAAGAAACUGUCUUUUAAAUUAUAUUUAUUAAUGCAAGCUGUGAUUGUCAAUAAUAUUAAAACUUGAUAGACAUCCAUUGCAUUCUUAUUAACCAACUGCAAAUUGCCUUUUAAUAGCUGAAAUUGCUUAUACAAUUGUAACGGAUUGUUAAAAAAUAUAUCUAAACAUAUACAUGUAUAUAAAUGUUGAAAUUUUCGCAAAAGUGUGAUUUUCUAGUCGCUAUAAAAAUUAUACUUUUUCCAAAAAUUUUUUAAAGUUGGUAAGCUUUCGGUGUUCAAAGAUAGGACUUUUUAAACAUUACACUUUUUAUUAUCUGAACUUUAUCAAAUAUCGUAUGCAGAAAAUCAAUAUUUUUUUCAUCAAUGUAUGCAUCAUUUCUUCAAAAUGAUUAAACGAAAUAAAUAAUGA